GCAAAACGGGUCUGCAUUUUCAGUGGCUUGUACUGCGAGUGUUUUAGAGAGGUGGCCAUACCAUCGUUGGUUUCUUUAUAAUUUGAUAUUGUCAAGAGUUGACAGCCGCAAGUAUGCAAGCAGAAUCGGGUAUAGUUCCUGACUUCGAGGUUGGAGAAGAGUUUCAAGAGGAACCAAAAACGUAUUACGAAUUGAAGAGUCAGCCCUUGAAAAGAAACAGUAAUCCUUCAGACCAGCCAUGCUCGUCUUCCAAGCCCCCAUUGGGCUCCUCGACCAUGACAUCACGGAUCCUGCUGCGGCAGCAGUUGAUGCGAGAGCAGCUCCAGGAGCAGGAGCGCCAGGAGCAGCAGAGACGCCAGGCCUCCUCCACCUCGCAGUACCCCCAGACCACCGCCGGCCACAAUCACACGCACGCCCAGACACCGGCCAUCAACGUCAGUGCGCCUCCCAGCCUGCCCCCCGCAUCCCAGCUGCCCAUGGAGGUGCUGAAGGUGCAGACUCACCUGGAGAACCCCACCAAGUACCACAUCCAGCAGGCCCAGCAGCAGCAGGUGAAGCGCUACCUGGGCAAGAUUGGCUCCCUGCCCUGCCCUAACCAGCCCGCUGACCACGGGGGCAUGCCUCCGGGGCCGGGCAACAGUGCCCCCAACAGCCCCAUGGCCUUACUCACCCUCAACGUCAACUGCGAGAAAGAGAUGGAUGAUGUCAUUGAUGACAUAAUUAGUCUGGAAUCUAGUUAUAACGAUGAUAUCCUUGGAUUAAUGGACCCAGGGCUUCAGAUGGCCAAUACGAUCGCUGUCAACACUAACCUCUUGGAGCUGUAUGGUAACCAGGGAAUGCCCCCUCCAGGCCUGGCCAUCAACUCCUGCCCUGCCAACUUGCCCAACAUCAAAAGGGAAUACUCAGUUUCCCAAUCUCCGGCCAUCAUGCACAUGCUGGACAAGUCAGAAUCAUGUGGCAAGUUUGAGAACUAUCAGAGGCCUGAAGGGUUUCCUGUAGAAGCAGAGGUCAGGGCAAUGGCAAAGGAAAGACAGAAGAAGGAUAACCAUAAUUUGAUUGAGAGAAGACGGAGGUUUAACAUCAACGACCGGAUCAAAGAAUUGGGGACCAUGAUUCCAAAAUCAAGUGAUCCGGAUAUGCGUUGGAACAAAGGCACCAUUCUCAAGGCGUCGGUGGACUACAUCAGGAAGCUACAGCGGGAGCAGCAGGGGGCCAAGGAGCUGGAGAACAGGCAGAAAAAGCUGGAGCACGUCAAUAGACACCUAAUGCUGCGGAUACAGGAGUUGGAGAUGCAGGCUCGUGCCCAUGGUCUGACCACAGUCUCGUCUGCCCUCUGCUCAGCGGAGCUCUCAGCCCGAGGCAUCAAGCAGGAGCCAGCCCUGGGAGACUUCCACCAGGAUCUGUACCCUGUCGACCCCCAGCACCAACACCACCCAGCCUGCACUCCAGACCAGGUUCAGUCCACCACCUUGGAGCUCAAUGAUGAAGCUUCUCCCUACACCGAGGGCCACAGCGGCAUCUCAGGCGACCUCCGGAUGGACGACACCUUGUCCCCGGUGGGACGGGGAGACCCGCUGCUCUCCUCUGUCUCGCCUGGGGCCUCUAAGGACAGCAGCUGCUCAGGCAGCAUAAGCAUGGAAGAGAACGACCAUGGCUGUUAGCACUCACUGCUGCCACUCCCCCCACCUGCAGCUUUAUCUCCAUCCCUCCACCCUGUCCUAUGGUGUUGUGCUGAGGCCUCCUCAGACGACUCCCGUCAGGAGCUAACUUCAGCCAGCUGCUGGUUGGUUUGUUUGUUGGUUGGUUGUUUUCAGGUGUUGACACAUAUUUAAUUUUUCAGCCCUAUAUUUUGUUUUGUUUAUUUUAUGGUAUCAUUGGGUUCUGAAAGCGUUCAAACUGAAUUUAGUUCAGUUUCUCUUAUGUAUUGAUUUUAAAUACAUUUUUAUAGUUCAUUUUAAUCGAUCAUGGUCUGAUUUUAUAAUAGUUUGAUGACAAUGAGUCAGGGAGCGAAUCUGACAUACCUGUGUAUAGUCAUCAUGGUACUGUAUAGGACAGGCUUAUAAUAGUUAUAAAGCUGUGAUUGAUGAGCUUAUUGCUUUUAAAUCUUAAACAAUGUAAUUCCCUCGGAAUGAAAGCAAAAAAUUGUGGUUAAAUAUAUUUUUGGUGUGAUACACACUACUUGCUUUUUAACAAGUCUGUUCAGAGCAAUUUGACAGAAGCGAUAAUAAAUUAUUUUAAUUACUUUUGUGCUUUACCAUCUUAGAUUGAACUUGAAUGUGACAAUGCCUUAGUCAGAAGAUUUUUAAAAAUUUCACAUAUAGUACAGAAUGUAGUCAGUCUACCAAUGUUGUCAGAAAUGCAACAGUGAUUUCAAUACAAGCAUAUUUUGCUUUAUGAAGAUAUUUAUGAUAAUAUGAUUGAAAUGUAUUGCAAUAAAUACUCACUAAGGGCUGGAUUCAAAACGUAUCGUUGAAGGAUCACGGAUGUUAAAAUGUAAAGGUAAUUUCCGAUUGAGCCAACAUAUGCAGCGUUUAACAUGGGAACAUUGCCUUUAAAUUUCAAUCAAGCUAUAACACGGAUCUUCCGCGAUACGGAUUGAGCCCUAAGAAGUGUAUUUUAGAGGAAGAAAAAUACAUUUUGUUUUUAACUUGUCCAUUUCCUAAAUUAUUAUUGUUUUGUUGUACCCUUGUUAGGAUUUGCCUGUCCAACAUCCAUUUUGAGAUAUUCAGGAUCUUUUUUUAAAUUAUGUGAAUGUUUAUAUUGUGAAGGAAUAUAAGGACACUGCUGUGGGAUUUUAAAAAAAGCAUGACACACUCAAAACACUGGAAUGACAUCCAUAAAUUGAAAAUGGUUAGGUUGGUAACCAUUAAAAAAUAAUAUGUACUAACAAUAUUAUAUUUAGUUUUUUUUAAAUGCAUACAAUUUAUUGUAUGAUUGAUUGUAGUUAUAACUAUAAGCUGUACUUUUAAUGUAUAUUUCUACUAUUCAACAACUUAGCAAAGUACUCAAAUAUGCCUUUGAUAAUAACUAUCUACUGUACAUUACACCACUGUAUUGAGAGCAUGCUUACAGUGCAUCCUCAAGUCUGUGGAACUAUGCAAUGAUCACAGUUGUAGCUCAGUAUUGUCUGUUUUACCCAGAAGACAUUAGACACAUCAUCUAUUAUGAUUAGUAAGAAGCGGAUGGCAGAAUGAUUUACAUUGAAGUGAAGUGCCUUACAGUUGGUUUUUUAUUUUACACAGACCUAUGAGGACAACUAUACAUUUUACAUUAUAGUCAUUUAGCAGACGCUCUUAUCCAGAGCGACUUACAGUUAGUGAGUGCAUACAUU